CUGCUAGUAUGGUCUGAAGGGAGAGGUUGACAGCGGAGCAAAAAAACAAACCACAUCAAGUCGUUUUCUGUACAUUUUAAAACAGAUACCAUUACAACCAUGGAAUUGUGUGAGAUCCUGUACAACAAGGCGGAAUACAUUGAAACGGCGUCUGGUAACAAAGUGAGCAGGCAGUCGGUGCUGUGCGGCAGUCAGAACAUCGUCCUCAACGGCAAAACUAUAGUAAUGAACGACUGUAUAAUCCGUGGAGACCUGGCCAAUGUCAGGGUGGGGAGGCACUGUGUUGUGAAGAGCCGGAGUGUCAUUCGGCCGCCGUUCAAAAAAUUCAGCAAAGGAGUGGCCUUCUUCCCGCUGCACAUCGGAGACCAUGUGUUUAUAGAGGAAGACUGUGUGGUGAACGCUGCUCAGAUCGGAUCUUACGUUCACAUCGGGAAGAACUGUGUCAUCGGUCGGCGGUGUGUGUUGAAGGAUUGCUGUAAGAUCCUCGACAACACAGUUCUUCCUCCUGAGACCGUGGUUCCUCCCUUCACUGUGUUCUCAGGAUGCCCAGGUCUGUUUUCAGGAGAGCUCCCAGAAUGUACCCAGGACCUGAUGAUUGAUGUGACCAAGAGUUACUACCAGAAAUUCCUCUCUCUCAGCCAGAUAUAAACCCCUUAACCUACGCUACCCUAACCUACCCUAACCUACACUAUCCAGAUAUAACCCCUACCUUAACCUACCCCACCUUAACCUACCCUACCUUAACCUACCCUACCUUAACCUACCCUACCUUAACCUACCCCACCUUAACCUACCCUACUCUGCUCUACACUAUCCAGAUAUAACCACUACCUUAACCUACCCUACUCUGCUCUACACUAUCCGAUCCUUGUUCUGCCCAGUUAACUCACUGUUCCCCUGAACAAGGCAGUUUACCCUCUGUUCCUAGACCAGUUUACCCUCUGUUCCUAGACCAGCAUUGAAAAUAAAAAUUUGUUCUUAA